CCGGCCCAAAACGGGGAUGAAGUGCUGCUCGGGAAAGGGCUCCACCCACGGGCGACGUUCGGUCCGGGACAAAAUGGCGGGCGGCACCGCCUCUCCCGCGCCCGUCUGAGACGAAUCUGAGAGAGUCCCGCGCAUGCGCCGCCGCCGCAGCCCCGCGCCUCCCAGGCACAAAAUGGCCGCCGCGACUUCUGUGGCGCUGCCGGCGGCGCGAGGGAAAGCGCGGGGAACUCUCGCGAGAUCUCGCUCCACACACCCCACCCCCGCGGUCUCUUCCACAUCUCGCGAGAGCGGCGCGGCUGCCAUCGCGGAGAACAGCCAUGGCGGCGGCACUGGCAGCGGCGCGGCGGCUCUGGGUACCGGCUAUGCUGGGGCAGCGCCCGGCCUGGAUUUCCCAUGAUGCCGAGCGGCGCCACCUCCCACCUCCGCCCCCCGCCAAGUAUGGGGGCCGCCACACCGUGACGCUGAUCCCCGGUGACGGCAUCGGCCCCGAACUGAUGCUGCAUGUCAAGGAGGUUUUCAGGCACGCCUGCGUGCCCGUGGACUUCGAGGAGGUGCGCGUCAGUGCCGAGGCGCCCGAGGACGACGUGCACAACGCCAUCAUGGCCAUCCGCCGCAACGGCGUCGCCCUCAAGGGGAACAUUGAGACCAACCACAACCUCCCGCCCAGCCACAAGUCCCGUAACAACCUCAUCCGGACCAGCCUGGACCUGUACGCCAACGUCAUCCACUGCCAGAGCCUGCCCGGGGUGGAGACGCGUCACCGCGACAUCGACAUCCUCAUCGUGCGGGAGAACACCGAGGGCGAGUACAGCAGCCUGGAGCACGAGAGCGUGGCGGGGGUGGUGGAGAGCCUGAAGAUCAUCACGGCCGGCCGCUCGCGCCGCAUCGCGCACUACGCCUUCCGCCUGGCCCGCGCCGCCGCCCGCCGCUCCGUCACCGCCGUCCACAAGGCCAACAUCAUGAAGCUGGGGGACGGCCUGUUCCUGCAGUGCUGCAAGGAGGUGGCGGCCGAGUACCCCGAGAUCACCUUCAACAGCAUGAUCGUGGACAACACCACCAUGCAGCUGGUGUCGCGCCCACAGCAGUUCGACGUGAUGGUGAUGCCCAACCUCUACGGCAACAUCGUCAACAACGUCUGCGCCGGGCUGGUGGGGGGCCCCGGCCUCGUUCCCGGCGCCAACUACGGCCACGACUACGCCGUCUUCGAGACCGCGACACGUAACACGGGGAAGAGCAUCGCCAACCGCAACAUCGCCAACCCCACGGCCGCCCUGCUCGCCGCCUGCAUGAUGCUGGACCACCUCCGGCUGCACAGCCACGCCUCCACCAUCCGCCAGGCCGUCCUUGCCUCCUUGGACGACCCCCGGACGCACACACCCGACAUCGGGGGACAGGGCACGACCUCGGGCGCGGUGCAGAGCAUCAUCUCCCACCUCUCCCGCGCCUAGCCCGGAGGGCGGCCGGACGCUGGGGUCCCCAUGGCGGUCGGGGACCCCCAAUAAACCACCACCACACACCCCCCCCCCCCCCCCGAAGAAGGA